CGAGUCGAGAGAGACAUGGGUAUCCACUCCUCAAUCCCUGAAGGUCCUCCACUGAGGAUUGUGAUGAUUGGGAAAACCGGAGUUGGGAAGAGCGCUGUCGGCAACACCAUCGUGGGUAGAAAGGUUUUUGAGUCUUCGGCGAGUGCGCAGUCUGUGACCGAGAGCUGCGAAAAAGAGCGGGUCAACAGUCGCAGAAAGAUCCACGUGGUUGAUACGCCUGGGAUUCUGGAUACAUCUAAAAGUGCAGAAAGCAUUAAGAAAGAGAUUGCAAAAUGCAUCCAGGUGUCCUCUCCUGGCCCUCACGCCUUCGUGCUUGUCAUCCAGAUAGGCAGGUUCACCAAGGAAGAAGAAAACUGUGUGCAAGCCCUGGAAAAAAUCUUUGGGCCUGAGGCGUCUAAGUACAUGAUUGUUCUGUUCACGCGUGGUGAUGAGCUGAAGGGCAGAACCAUACAGGAGUACGUGCAAACCGGCCACCCGAAACUUCAAGAGGUGAUAAACAGGUGCGGUAACAGGUACCAUGUCUUCAAUAACAAGAAAAGGAGGGACAGAACUCAGGUGGUUCAGCUGAUCAGAAAGAUCGAUGAGAUGGUGGCAGCGAACGGCGGAAGGCACUUCAGUGAAGAAAUGUAUGAGGAAGCGGAGCAGACUCUGCAGGAGCAGAGAAAGGACAGAGACAAAGCAGAGCAGCAGGUUUACAACUUCUCCUUCAUGUCCGACCUGAUGCAGAGGGUCAUCCUCUUCCAGGCCAUACUGGCUGCUGCAGCACAGGACAACCCCAACGACCUGGGCCACUCCAUCGCCACCUCCUACUCCAACGUGAGACCAGCUGUCUGAUGGAAACAGCCUUCAGUUUCCACUACUCAUCGGAUUCGAAGCAGCUUAGUUCAGUUAUAAUCUGGGUGGGGAUUAAACUUUAAUGUACAGGAAAAAAAAGACAGUUAUCAGACAUGUUUAAUGUAAUUAAAUCGCAGAUAUUGUGAUUGUAUUUGUGAUCAAACAAUAACUAAUAAUAACAGUUAACUAACCGGUGGUCCGGAUCUUCCAGUUUUAGUUUUCUGACAGUGCAGUUCAGGAAUGCAGCAGCACUAACGCAUGUUACUUCCAGUAUGUUCAAAUAAAUGUCAGUCUCUCUUGCAAGGUGAAUGUCUUUGACUGUAUUUUUCCUGUUAUUCGGAUGUUAUAAGGACAGAUGACCCAGGAUGCAGAGGGUCAAGGAUGUCUCUGAUGUUUUCAGACUUUUGUCAAGGACAGAGGACCCAGUUUAACACAGGGUCAAGGACGUCUCUGAUGUUUUCUUAUUUUUAUGAAAGACAGAGGACCCAGUUUAUCAGAGGGUCAAGGACGUCUCUGAUGUUUUCAGACUUUUGUCAAGGACAGAGGACCCAGUUUAACAGAGGGUCAAGGACGUCCAUGAUGUUUUCUGAUUUUUAUGAAGGACAGAGGACCCAGUUUAACAGAGGGUCAAGGACGUCCAUGAUGUUUUCUGAUUUUUAUGAAGGACAGAGGACCCAGUUUAACAGAGGGUCAAGGACGUCCAUGAUGUUUUCUGAUUUUUAUGAAGGACAGAGGACCCAGUUCAACAGAGGGUCAAGGACGUCCAUGAUGUUUUCUGAUUUUUGUAAUUGACAGAAGACCCAGAGGGUCAAUGACGUAUAUUUUGUUCAGAUUUUUAUGAAGGACAGAGGACCCAGUUUAGCAGAGGGUCAAUGAUGUCUCUGAUGUUUUCCACAUUUUCUGAAUUUCCACUGUUCAACAGCUAUUCAUCAUAAAAAUAAAAAAGCAUAAAAGCCUCUGUGUUUCUUAGCUUUUU